GGCAGGGCGGGCAGGGGGCAUGUGCCCAGGGAGUGACGCUCAGGGGAAGGCAGCCCGUGGAGUAACCCCGGGGAGGAGUAUUGCCUGGCCACGGGCGGAGGUGCGCGGCCCUUGGGUUGGCAUUCCUGCGGGGCGGCGGCAGACCAGCGGGCACCCUGCACCACGGCCUGCACCGCGGCACUCCCCGGGGCGGCGCUCCCCGGGGCCCCACCCUGGGCUGGCCGCUGAGAUCGUGCCGUGGCGGUGCCCUGGCCGCCGUGUUCGCCACCCGGCAGCCGCUCGUUAAAAUGGAGGGGCUGCCUUUGGAUGUCUCGCCCCUGGGUGAUGAGGGGGCCCAGAUGAUCACCCUGGUGGAGACGUCAGCGCUGGAGGAGGACGGGACACAGCCGCCCAACGUGCACAUUCUUACUGCGCACCAGCUGGAGAGAGAGACAGAACAGCUGCAACAUCAUGAGGAGAGGGAGCAGCCCCACCCCAUGAGCCACCAGCUACAGAUUGAGCUGACUGAGCAGCCCAGAGUACAGCGAGACCCUCCACAGUCCAGCCCCCACUGCCUGGUGUGCAAUGCCAAGCUCGGGGUGUCUGCGCGGGGAGCCAUGGAGGUGUUCUCUGAGAAGGCAAAGACUUCCCAUCGGCAGUUACAAGUCCACAUCAUCCUGAGCACCAUCGUCAACCAGGAUGUGAGUGCAGUUGUGGCUCACUCAAGUAUUGUGUGCAAGAAGUGCUUCAAGCUCAUUGAUGAUAUUGAUUCCUUGGAGGGCCAACUCAUCAAUAUGAAGCAGGUUGUGACAAAUAAGUACAUGAGGACCUUGGCCUUGGUGAAGCAGGACAGUGCAGUGCCUGAGGGGGUGGACAACGUGCUUGAGGAGGAUACACUCAACUUGGAGGCAUCAUCCCUCACUAAGGACGACAAGGACUUCAAGGUGUACAUGGGAUCAGAGGGACCAUUAAGAAAGACGAUCCCCGCUGCUACCGGCUUAAUGCACAGUCAUGCCAGCCAAAGUGGUGGUGGAGCAGGCAAGGUGAAGAGGGCCCGCAGGGGGCGCUCCAGAGGUCGACCACCCAGUGUUAAGCUGGAGGUGAAGCAGGAGGAUGCUGUGGAGGUGAUCACUGGCCUAGCUGCCAGUGAGAGUGUGGAGUCCCUCAAACAUCAGGCAAGUGGUGGGAAGGGCUUGCUGGGGUCUUCUGACAGCAAUGACGGCCUCAGUGGGAGACUUGAGAGCAACCUGGAGGAGGACGGGGGAACAGACAUGCUGAUGGUGGAGGAGGAAAUGCUGGAGGACUCUGUGGUUGUGGAGACAGUGGAGGACGUGAUGGAGGUUGAUGGCCUGGACCUGGAGGACACGGGGGGUUGUGUGCAGAUCAGCGGAUUAACCUUGCCAUCUCUAGGGGGCCAUGAGCUGGAUGGCGUGGAGCAGGAGGAGCCAGGUGGAGGUCUCCAUGCCGAUCACCACCUGCUGGAGGAGGGAGCUGAGAAGUACAAGUGCCGCUUCUGCUCCCUCAAGACCUCAGUUCUGGCAGACAUCCAGACACACAUGAGAGAGAUGCAUCCUGAGCGGCUGUACGAGUGUGAGGUGUGCAAGGAGAGGCUCACCACGAAGGCUGAUCUGGUGUGUCAUUUGGAGCAGCACAUUGCCUCUGGAGAGAAGCCGUACAUCUGCACCAUGUGUCCACGUAAGUAUGCUCUCCCCAGACAACUCAAGGAGCACAUCAGACACCACAUGAACAAGACCUUUGGCUGCACACACUGUACGAAGCGCUUCAGGUCAGAGGCGGCGCUCCAGGAGCACUUCAACGUUCACACGGGUAAUCGCCCCUACGCUUGUGACCAGUGCUGCAAAAAGUUCACCUCCAAACACAUCCUCAAGACCCACAUGAAGACCCACGGGGUGCGGCAGCGGCCACACCAGUGCACGACAUGUGGUAAGAACUUCCUCACCUCGCAUCACCUUACUGACCACCUGAAUGUGCAUGAAGGUAAGAAAAACUAUAUAUGUGAAAACUGUGGAAAAGCUUUUGCCACACAAAGGAGUCUAGAUCUGCAUGCCAUCACUCAUUCUGGAGUGAAAAACUUUCCAUGUUCGAUAUGCCACAAACUGUUUGCUAGAAAAGGUGAAGUGGAGGACCACGAGAGGACUCACACCGGUGAAAAACCAUUCCAGUGCGAAAUUUGUGGUUCCACUUUUAGUCAGAGGAGCAAUCUUCAGUCCCAUAAGAGAACAACCCAUUACCAGGAAAAACGGUACCAGUGUAAUCAGUGUCACAAGGCUUUCAAACGGAAGAGACUCCUUGUGUACCAUGUGAUGAGCGUUCACACAGGGGAGAGACCUUACAAAUGUGAUCAGUGCAACGCUGGCUUUGUGUACCCUGAGCACUACAAGAAACACCUCAGGAUACACACAGGGGAGAAACCGUUCAAGUGCGACAUCUGCGGCAAAACAUUCAACUCGAGGGACAAUCGGAAUGCUCACAAGUUCAUACACUCGGACAAGAAGCCAUACGAGUGCAUGCUGUGCGGUGCUGGCUUCAUGCGGAAACCCAUGUUGGCUUCCCAUCUACAGCAACAUGGCCACACUGAGAACCUGGAAAAAUACAUCAAGGUCAACCCUCCAACAGUGGUGGCAGUCGAGGGGGGAAGGGGGGAUGGGGAAACCAGUCCAGGUGCUACCGUUCGCACCAUGAAGCUUGACGAGGACCAGAGUCUUGAAACGAGCUUGGAUGGGCCUGUGCAGUUGGUGAGAGGUGGAGUGAGGGAGGGGGAAACAGUGGAGGUGGUGUCGAGGCCAGUCCACAUAAUCGAUGCGGAUGAUUUGCCACGGUACAUCAUCCAUGCCACACCCAGUGGAGAACGGACAGAGGAGGGAAUGGGCCACUUCUUUGCCUCCCUCCAGGGCCAGGUGGUGGAGGUUCGAGCUGAGGACCUUGAACGCUACACAGACCUCACCCCUGACCAGAUGACACAGGUGGCACAAGUUGCUGCCCAGGUUGUGACAGGCCAGCCAGCCACCAGUGGAAUUCAGCAAGUCUCUGUUUCCAGCGACCUCCGACCUUUCAACAUCCAACUUGAGCCGGCCACCAGGGAGGUCACUUUGCAGACACAGGCAGGCACCACACGUGAGGUAUCUGCUUCUAUCGGAGUCGCCACUGCCACCGUGACCACUCGGGACGUGACCCUCCCCACCAUCAGCCACGUGCAGGGAGCCAGUGGAACCACGGUGUUGGUUGGUGGCAGGCAGGUACAGUAUGAAGCUGGGGGCCUAGGGCAAGGCACACUAAGAAAGGUGCUGACAGAUAGGGAGGAUCUGCGCACAAUAUCUGUACACAACAUGGCACAGACAGACGCACGCCAAGUUCGUCACUGGCAACAGCAGCCUGUCACCACGCCUGCAAACAACUUCAUUGGAGAUUAGAGCUUAAAAUAAUUCCUUUCUAAUUUAAUGAUGUAGUUGACUUGUAAAACAUCA